GCGGGAACAAAGCGCUGGAUUUACUUCCGUCAAUAUCUCCUGCAAGGCAGGCUGGAGAGGGGAGAAACAGAGGCAGACGGUACAACACAGGAGUCGUCUCACUUCUAAGGUGUUUGGAGUGUCAGCGGCCCUCUCUGUUCACUGACCUCCCUUACCCAGCUAAUAUGCCUUUCUUAGGCAAAGACUGGAGGUCUCCAGGAUGGAGUUGGACGAAGACAGAACAUGGCUGGAAAAGAAUUGAGCUCUUUGGAGAAGACUUGGAGGACAACAACAGUGAAAUAGACUUGAAAGCGCUCUGCAGUGACAACAAUGAAAAUCUGUUUGUUGGAGAUGUGUGUGAGCUCACCAGUACAAAGAGGAAAAAGGAUUUCUACAACAAUAACACCAAAUCCCAGUUUGCUUUCAGGGAUAAGUGGAUCUAUGUACAGAAAGGAAGCACAAAAGAACGACAUGGAUACUGCACGCUUGGUGAAGCUCUCAACCGUCUAGACUUUUCUAGUGCCAUUCAGGAUUUAAGAAGAUUCAACUACGUUGCAAAGCUUUUUCAGCUCAUAGCCAGGUCUCAGCUGACAUCUUUGAGUGGAGCUGCCCAGAAAAAUUAUUUUAAUAUUCUGGAAAAGAUUGUACGAAAGGUUUUAGAGGACCACUACAAUCCACGCCUCGUCAAGGAGCUUCUGCAGGACCUGAGCACCACACUACACAGCCUGACCAUCCAUGUUGGAAGAUGCGUCCUUGUGGGCAACGUUAACAUCUGGUUGUGCCGCCUGGAGACCAUUGUCAAAUGGCAGCAGGAGCUCAACAACUUAGAGAUCCCUAAGCAAAUGUACACUGGUAUGUCAUUGAAUGACUUGCCACUACACAUGCAGAGCAAGAUCCUUUGUAAGUUAUCUGAUGCCUGUGACAUCAUAAACCUGGGACAGGCCACACCUACGUUCCACAUCCUCAGUGAGAACAAGACACUGUGGAAGAAACUCUGCCAUUUUCACUUCUCAGACAAACCGUUCUGCAGGAAUCUGGUCCUAACCAAAAGUGACAAUGUGGACUGGAAGCUGAUGUAUUUCACCAUGCAGAAGCACUACCCCAUGAAGGAGCAGUAUGGCGACACUUUGCACUUCUGCAAACACUGUAGCAUCCUCUUCUGGAAGGAUCGCCAUGUGGCUUUGUUAUUUAAGGACUUUGGCCAUCCAUGCACAGCCAACGAUCCAGACAGCUGCCUGAUGCCCAUCUCCCCACAGCACUUUAUCGACCUCUUCAGGUUCUAAAACUUCCAUGCUGGACUUCAAGUGAAAUGUCCGUUUACCAUCACUCCAACAUAAAGAGUGUAAGAGACCUUGAUGUCAUUUACCCAAAUAAAAAGGGCUUGAAGUUAACAUAACAACAAAAAAAUUUUUAUCAAUUAAAAAAAAAUAUAUAUAUA